AUGGUCAUUUUUGGCCAAACCCAAGUAUACUGCAUUGGGCACCGAUUCUACCUGCAGGAGGUGACUGGUGAUUUUCGAGGCAUCCAUAAAACCUCUUUGUGCGCGCAUCGUCUGAACCGGGAAUACGUUUUGUUCAAUGCACUGUUGAAUUUCAACACCUUCGAGGUAAUGAUACGGAUGAUGGUCGACACAUGCAAAAGUGGUCGAUCCAUUGAAGUCGAGGAAACAGGUAGCAAAAAGAAAGAAGUUGGAUUCGGCAAAAUGAGCUUCAAAUAUGGCAGUAGCAGCUGUUGUUGGAAGAUGAGGGUUUCGCUGUGUCGCCAGCCGCGUACUGAAAGCGGGGACAGCGCCGUUGCGGACACGUUCGAACCGUCUUGCGUUUGCACGAGUGUUCGGUAAGG